AUAGUCGUUAAAACCUAAAACAUGUACCCCUGGAAAUAUCUACGAAAUGUCGCUUACGCCCUAAAAUACUGACGAUAAGAUUAUUGAUUGUACUGUAUCCUUAUUGUAUAAUGUAUCCGUAAAAGUGUUCCCCAUAUGGUGGUCUCGUUUGUGUGAUUUUUGGAAACAGAAACUUAUUGUCAGAAAAGUCUAUGGUCAAAAAGGUUGCUAUUCUUUAUAGUGAUGAAUAUUGAUCGCGUUGCUAUGGUAACGUGUUUUGUAAACAAGCGUAUCUACUUUAUGUCCGAGGUGUUGGUGUUUAUUAUACUACUACUGGUGUUUACUAUCUUGAAUAUAAUUAAUCUGUGUAUUUGAAAUAAAUAUUAUUUGUAAAACGUAUUGGAGUGGCAAGAUUGACAGCCAUGGAUCUUAUUGUAAUGGAUAAAUUACGUCUACUAAAAAUCGACUCAGAGCUUCGGCCACAAAUCAAGAUGAAACCAAUGAGCCGUUACUAUUUCGCCACUUCUACGAAUCCUGGGGAACAGUUUUUUGUCUUCGCAUCGACGGCUGCAUGGCUUAUCAAAAAAACUGGCAAAGAUUUCGAGCAACCUAACGAAGAAGAUGAUCCUAACUCGAUUAUUGCAAACAUCAUGAACGUUUUGCGUGAAACAGGCAUUGCUGUUGACUUUUCUUCCCAUAAACUUAAACAAGGUUACGGUGAACAAGUAUGUUAUAUACUGAACGUUUUAUCGGAUGAGGCUUUGAAAAAAGAGAAUUUUGAAUGGCAGAAACCCGUAGUAGAUCUUGUUGAACCAGAAGAAACAGCUGAUGAAAUAGACCAAGUAGAAGAUGAAACAGAAAUAAUAUUGGACAAGGUCGAAGAAGAAAUGGCGAUAUAUUCUGAAGAAUCUGAAGGAGAGUUUGAAGUAGAAGAAAAGGAAUCUAUUAAUGGUUUAAAUAAGGUUCAUGAUUGGGAAGCGUGGAAGUUGGAACUGGAGAGAGUAGCACCAGCACUGAGACUGAAGAUUUCGGCUGACGGUAGAGAUUGGCGAGCGAGACACUCCCAAAUGCGGAGUUACAAAGACGAACUCUUCGAAAGAUUCAAAACUACGGGAUCUCAGUUGAACAAGCUUCAUAGUAACAUAAGUUCUGUAAUGGAUAAGAUAGCUGCAAGGGAGAACAUUUUGAAUGAACAGUUCGAACCUCUAGUUCGCGAAUACGGGUCACUUUUAGAUGAGCUCAACAAGGUAACAAAUGAAUAUAAGGAGGCCAGUGUAGGUGUUACCGAGAGACAGGAAUUGUUGAAUGAAUUGACAGCAAAAGUGGAGAAUAUUAAACAGAGGACUGAGUCUAGAGGUUCGUCGAUGAAUGAUAAUUCUCCAUUGGUGACAGCGAAGAAAGCUGUAGCUAAUUUGAAGAAGGACUUACAAGAGAUGGACUUUCAGAUCGUUGUGCUUGUCUGGCUUUUAACUACUAAGGAGAAUCCUAACAGUAAUAAUUACUUGUCUAAUAUAGAAUCCAGGAUCCCUACUAUAGAAACUUAUUAAUCAUCUCAAAACUGUAUAUCUGAACUAAGAUAUUUUAUUUAUUGUAUUGUGGGGCUCUAGCCAAUGCAAAACGGAGAAUAGAGGAAAUCUGUUAAAACACUAACAUGUUCUCGAUAUUUUGCCAUAUUCUCUCCACUGAGUCCAUAUAAUGAAUAUGUCACAUGGGCUUUGUAAUAUACGUAUUUUCGUUCCAAAUUGUAGCCGAAAGCAAGAACUUUAUUUUCCUCCAUAAUUUUGAUCGUACACUUGCAUGGCGCGAAGAGAACUAGGCAACUCAGGAAACGAAAGGAAAGGAAACUCAGGGAGAGGUUCUGUUUAAUAUUUUUAUUGGUCAUCUGUCUCUCCCCUGUAGAUCCUAAAAAAUAAAAGGCAGGAAAUUUCAUUUCUUACUACAAAAUGGUCCCCCG